GAUGGAAUUUGUAUGGAAACGAUGGUGGUAUCUUCAGCUGGGCUGCAUACUGAUAGUGAAUCUGGUUUAUGCCAAUCUAGAAUAUCAAAAAGAAACUCCUCCAAGCCUGCGUGAGAUUGACCAUCAGUGCUGGGAGGUAUCAUCCCAUGGGCUGGUGGAAAUGAAGAAACUCAAGGUAGCAGAUACAGUCAUUGCUCUCUGGGACUUCAUGAUGUUCCUAAAAGAAUCCCCUAAGCCCAAGCACAAUGAACUCUUCAAUGAUUUAGCCCAGAACUUCUGGGAUAUGUAUGUGGACUGUGUGCUCUCAAGGUCCCAUGGAAUGGGCAGAAGACAAUUGACAUCUCCCAAAUAUUCUUCCACAUACUCACACAGAACUUUAGAAGGUAACUAUAGGAUAUGGUACUAACAUUAAACUGAACCAAUGCUCCAUCCUCGUCCUUCAUUGUUUAGACAACUCAGUAUGCUAAUUUCCAGUUUUCUGUCUCUACUUGUCAAAAGUGUUUGUAUCUUUCAAUGGUAGCUACUUUCACAAUACACCAGACACUAGUAGUUAGGGUACUACAUUUCU